GUAACGUGGUUCUGGAGAACCUCAGGGUUAAGGAGAACGCGCUGAGUGAGUUCGAUGUUCCAUUCAGAGUGAAGGCCGGACAGAUCGGGCGGCUGACGCUGAAGAUCCCCUGGAAGAACCUGUACAGCGACGCUGUGGUCGCUACGCUGGACGGACUCUACCUGCUGGUGGUGCCCGGAGCCACGAUGAACUACGAUGAGGUGAAGGAGGACCUCUACCAGCAGGAGGCCAAACAGAAGGAGCUGCAGCGCAUCGAGGAGGCCAUGCAGCUGGCUGCGUCCAGAGAAAAGCCUCCGGACCAGAAGAAGGACUCGUUUGCAGAGAAACUGGCGACUCAGGUGAUCAAAAACCUGCAGGUGAAGAUCACUAGCAUCCACCUGCGCUUCGAGGACGACCUGUCGGACCCAGAGCGCCCCCUGUCUGUGGGAGUAACACUGUCUGAACUGAGCCUGCAGACCACUGACGAAAACUGGAAGUCCUGUAUCCUGAACGAAGCAGCAAAGAUCAGCUAUAAG